AAAUUUUUAUCGUUUGACGAAACUCUUUGAUAACGCUCCCAACAAACAGCGAUAAUUCCGACAAGAUCAUUCACAAAUCAGCCAAAAUGAAGCAACGACUGCUCUGGUUAAUCAUCUUCACGACGCAAGUUUUGGCCGAAAAGCCCUCAGUGAUUAUAGUCGGUGCUGGUGUUUCGGGAAUUUCCGCAGCUGUGAAGCUUUUCGAAAACGGGAUCACAAACCUCAAGAUUUUUGAGGCCGAAGAUCGAAUUGGGGGACGCAUUCACACGGUAAAAUUCGGCGACAAUUUCAUUGACCUGGGGGCGCAAUACUGCCACGGGGAAAAUGUGGUCUAUGACACCGUCAAAGACUUGGACCUCCUGGAGCAUGCACAGCUUUUCUCAACCCCAAAAAUGUACUACUCGAACGGUUCCCACCUCGACAACCAACUAACCCAAGAUUUGCAAAAAGUGGUCUCAAGCUAUGACCACGACAUCACCAGGAGUAAAGAACUGAGCCUUGGGGACGCCUUUUUGGAAAAAUACAACUCUACAAUUUUGGAAAAAUACAAAAAUGACCCUGAAAAUUUCAAACUGGCGUCUGAUGGGCUCACGUUCGCCCAUAGCACCAUCCUGAUGCAUGAAGGCGCCUUCCAUUGGUCGCGUCCAGCCUCCGGGAGGCACUACAGGGCUGUGAAAGGUGACCAGAUGAUGGUGUGGAAGCAACGAGGCUACGACAUGAUCCUGGACGUCCUUUUGAAACGUUACCCAGACCCCAGUUUAAAAAUCCCAAUCGAAGAAAAAUUAUUCUUGAACAAAAGGGUGACAAAAAUCGCCUGGACUGGUGAUAAAGCUUCGGUGAAAUUAUCCGAUGGGACGUCCCACGAAGCCGACCAUGUGAUUUUCACCCCAUCGGUGGGUGUGCUAACCCAUGACGAUUUGUUCGAGCCGGUGGUACCGCCCCGUAAACAGCAGGCCAUCAAAUCGAUGGGCUUCGAUGGGAUUAUCAAACUUAUUUUGUAUUUUCCUGAAAAGUGGUGGCAGGAUUCCGAUUCUACUUUUUUCUUCCUGUGGGAUCGCAAGGAUUUGGAGGGAAUCACGAAGGAGUUUAACGAGGGGCCCAGCAAAGAUGGUAUUUCAUGGGUGUCCAACCUGGUGGCGUUGGUUAAAGUACCAUCGAACCCGCACGUCUUGAUUGGAUGGGUUAGUGGUGGGUUGAUUCCAGAAAUGGAAAAGAUGUCGCUUGAUGUGGUCAAAAAGGGGUCCAUGUUUGUGAUUAGGAAGUUUCUGGGUCGGGAUUAUAAUGUUACGGAGCCUGGGGAGGUUUUAUGGAGUGAUUGGCACAACAAUCCCAACUUCCGUGGCACAUAUUCCUACGAGAAAAACGGCUUCUUCGAGGAGGAAGUGCACUACCAGGACCAUCUGGCCGAGCCUUUGACCCAUGGCACCACCCGUGUGGUACUGUUUGCAGGCGAGGCCACCCAUCCCACCCAUUACUCCACCGUGCAUGGGGCUAUAGAAUCGGGCCGACGUGAAGCCGACCGCAUUAUCGCACUUUAUCCUUGAUUUUGUAAAUUUUGAUCAAUAAAAUAAUAUUCCACAAA